AUGAUGCGCUACUAUCAAACAUCCAAUCAAGGUCUUUGGGGCGACAAUGCCUGGUGGCAGUCAGCGAUUCUGAUGACUUCUCUUGCGGAUAUUUCUUCACUUGAUUCCGGUUACAACGGAACUUACUUUGGCACCUAUGCCACGACCUAUACCAAAGCCCCAACCUAUGGUGGCUACAGUGGCUUCAUCGACUCUUACGAUGACGAUGAGGGCUGGUGGGGUAUCGCAUGGAUGACAGUAUACGAUCUGACCAAAAGUCCCGACUAUCUGAACCUGGCGAUCAGCCUCUACAAUGAUAUUUCCAAAUAUAAGUCACCGUGUGGAGGCAUCUACUGGGAAAAGGGAGGCACAUAUCUUGCAUCUAUUGCUAACGAGCUAUACAUUACAUUGGCUGCAGGAUUAGCCAAUCGUGUUUCUAUGGACCAGAAGCAGAGUUAUCUCGAUUCUGCAAUGUCAGUCUGGGACUGGUUCUUCAAUGUUGGUGUGAUCGGUGACGACUGGCUUGUUGUGGAUGGAGUUGAUGUGACCACUUGUCAAGUCAACAAUACUGCUAAAUGGUCAUACAACCAAGGAGUUAUCCUCUCCGCUGCAGUGGAGCUUCAUGCUGCCACCGGAAAUUCCACCUAUCUUGAUCUUGCAGGUAACAUUGCUCAGGCCACGACCGCAAAAGGCUCUACAUUUACAGGCAAUAACGGAGUGAUCACCGACUGUGCCUCCGGUUGCGACGAUGACUCGGCCAUGUUCAAAGGCCCUCUAUUCCGAGGCCUGCGUCAACUUCAACUAGCUGAUCCACAUGAUGAUUGGGUUAGCUGGCUUACUACAAACGCUCAGGCAGUCUGGCACAAUGAUUUGAAUAUAACAAAUGUUAACGGACUUUCCGAAUGCAAUACGGGCUAUGAUUUCAAUGGACCGAUGAGUCCUGUUAAUGAGAUAACUCAAGGCGCCGCGUUAGACGCUCUUGUUGCCGCCUGGGCUGUUACAUCCUAG